AUGGUACCAGCCAAUCAGGCGAUAACAAAUAAUACAGCCCCCAAUAAAAUGAAUACUGAUGAUAAUAAUGAACAACAGCAGUAUAUCAUCACAACAACACAUUCGGCAUUAGAUUCACCUUCUGAUGAGGUUCAACAGUGUCAAGUGCAAUUUGUAAAUCUUUCAAAUGAUGAUUCUUCACAAGAUCAGCGAAAUUCAUUUAUUUUAUUACCUACUAAUCAGCCAUUACAAAUUAAUGGUGGUUCAGCUUUGCAAGUUGUUCCGAAUUGUACAGCUGGUGGUAUUCAAGUGAUCACUUUAAACGAGCCUUUCAUUCAAACUUCAAAUGUACAACAACCGUCAACUUCUUCACCUCCACCUACACAAAUUAUUUAUACAAAUGCGAAAGAAAUUGAUCUAUCGAGUAUUAUUCAAGCACUUUCUCAGCAUCAAACAAAUGGUACGCCACACGUUAUUUUGCAAGUAGCUCCUACCUCAACUCCUACACUAGCUCCUAGGCCAGAAGAGACCCCCCUUUAUGUGAAUGCAAAGCAAUAUCACAGGAUUUUAAAGAGAAGGAUCGCUAGAGCGAAACUAGAAAGUCAGGGCAGAAUUCCGAAGGAACGUAGAAAAUAUUUGCAUGAAUCAAGGCAUAAACAUGCUCUAACUCGUGCUCGUGGUCAAGGAGGAAAAUUCGAUAGUGCCACGAUGCCACAGACGAAUGGAUCAUCACAAAAUGGUUUUGGCACAGUGUUUCGUCCUGCUUUCCAAGAUCGGCCAGCUACAGUUACAAUUCCUAAUGGAUCAGCAUAA